AAUAUCGAUUUCUUUUCACUGAAAAAGUAGAAUUCAAUAGAUCGGAGCUCUAAUUUAUUAAUUUUGCUGAAUUCUUAAACAUUGUAAACAUAUUUAAAAAUAUCAAAUAUCUUUGUUUCCACAAACAUCAAUCUUGAAAACUAUAAGUUCUGAACAACAAGAUAAAAGUAAGAAAAAACUUUGGCUAGCGUCAUGUCGAAAACAACAAAAAAAACAGUCAAAGUCAAAGAAGAGAAUGAAAUCCAAUCUUACAUCAAUUCAUUCAAAGAAAUUGAGGAGCCUGAAGAAAAUCCAACAACAUCUGGAAAUUCGAAAAAAUCAUUCCUUGAAUCUAAUCGAGUAGAUCCAAGUGACUACGAGGAAAUCAUUGUUAGAGAUGAUGCUGACCGUGAUGAUGACUUUAAAUAUGUGUUCAUCGUUCAAGAUGAAGAAGACGGUGCUGAAGAAAAAACAUUAGAUGUUGAAGGUGAAGUGUAUGAGUUCGAUGAAUAUGAGGAAGAUGCAGUGGAAAAUAUUGAUGACAAAUCGAAAAUUGAGAAAGUUAUUACCCAAAUAAAUAACAAGAAAGGUGGUUUUCAAGCUGGAUCAGGUCAGGGUACCCUUCAUAUGUGCUCAUAUUGCAAUUAUAGAACCCCGAAACGUUAUCUUCUUGCUCGUCAUAUGAAAUGUCAUUCAGAGGAUCGGCCUCAUAAAUGUAACGUAUGCGAAAGAGGCUUUAAAACAGUUGCCAGUUUGACAAAUCAUGCUCAUAAGAUGAUCCAUUCAGUUGGUGAAAAGCCAGUGUUUCAAUGCGAGCUUUGUCCAACAACAUGUGGACGCAAAACAGAUCUAAGAAUUCAUGUGCAGAAACUUCAUACAUCUGAUGUUCCCAUUAAGUGUAGACGUUGCGACAACGAAUUUCCUGAUCGUUACAGUUAUAAGAUUCAUGCAAAGACUCACGAUGGAGAAAAAUGCUACAGAUGUGAAUUAUGCGCUUAUGCUUCGAUUUCAGCUCGACAUCUUGAGUCACAUAUGCUCAUUCACACUGAUCAAAAACCUUUUAGUUGUCAAUACUGUGAACAGACUUUCCGCCAGAAACAAUUGUUGAAACGACAUGAAAAUAUUUAUCAUAAUCCAGAUUACGUUGCUGCAGCUCCACGAGAAAAAAAUCAUCAUUGUCCUACUUGCAACAAGGCUUUCAGGCACAAGGGGAAUCUUAUGAGGCAUAUCGCAACUCAUGAAGCUACUGAAGCAGUCGCACAUGUCAAAGGAGAGCAAGAAGAAAUUGAGGAAAACUAUGUAGUCAUAGAAGUUUUCCAAAAACGAAAUGAUGAUGAAGAGCAGUAUGAAGAUGAAGGAAGUGAACUUGAAUUAGAAGAUGAAGAAAUUGGUGAAGAAAUGGAAACAAUUGUAGAAGAAAAUUAUUCUUUCACAGAGAAUAUCAAUACUGAUGAUUUAAUAACUACAUCAAAGUCUACUCAUGAAGCUACAUCAAGUGGACUCUGCUUUGGAUUUUCUGAUGAAGAUAGUAAUACUAAAAAUUAACAUGUUUCUUGAGUUGAUAAAUGUAUGCUUAAAACUUUCUCAAAAAAAAACGAAACGUUAUAAUAAAAUAUUGCUUUAUUCAUUCAAGAUA